GGUGGUGUGUUUUUGGUUAACUUCCUCAACGUCUACGGUCCUGGCCUGGCUAUACUCUUUGUGGUUUUCGUGGAAGCAGCUGGCGUUUUUUGGUUUUACGGAGUUGAUCGUUUCUCAUCUGAUGUUGAACAAAUGUUGGGCGCUAGGCCAGGAAUAUUUUGGCGAAUAUGCUGGACAUAUAUUAGCCCAGUAUUUUUAUUGGCAAUUUUCAUAUUUUCUUUCCUUGGUUAUGAGGACAUGCUGGGUGAGGAGUACAAAUAUCCUGAGUGGAGUAUUAAAGUUGGUUGGGCUGUAACAGCUUCUUCAGUGCUAUGUAUACCGAUGUAUAUAAUAUACAAAUUUGUUUUUGCGUCCAAAGGCGGCCUUCGUAGACGCCUACAUGAGACAUUUAAGCCAGAAGACAUAAAUUGUGGGUCAGUGUUACCAGGUUAUGGUACUUCAGUGUGACAUGAUCAAAUCAUAAACUCUCAAACAAAAACUUCCGUUGAUAGCAGUAGCACUUCACAACAGAAUUCCAACUACAAAAGCAACAACAAACUAUUGGAAUACAAUAAUUAUUCACCAACAAUAUAUAAUAACAUUGUAGAUUUAAAUGGUUACUACGCCUACUACACAAAUUUAAACAUUUAUACUACAAAUAAGAAACCGCAGCAGAAUCGUAAUGAUAUUAUUGAGGAACCUAAUACGAAUAGCUUUAGUUAUUUUAGCAAUGUUAAUGAUAAACUUAAUGAAUAUGAUACUAUUAGUCAUGGUACUUGUCUUUGUAAUACUCGUAAUCGUAGUUGUAAUUUUAAAUGUAAUUCUAAUUGUAAAAAUAAUUAUAAAAGCAAUUGUAAUUGUAAUGAAACAGAUACUGAUGCUAAUGCUGGUACUUGCAGCUUUAGUGGCUCCGAUGCCAAAAUAACAAAAAUUUGUAAAUUAGACUUAGAAAAUUUUGCUGCUGAGGACAAUAAUUACACAAUGAUACUCAGCAGUUCUAAACCGCUUAAGUUCUCAUUUGCUAGUGAAUGGUUAGUUUAAGAUAUAGCGUAAGUGAAUUGCUAAAGUACCUUGUACUCCCAAAAAUCUAUAGUUAAUCUAUCUGCCUUUUUACCAUGUUUCUACAUGUUUUCAUGUUAAAGUUUAUGUGUUGUUAAAAGUUUAAAUUGAAUUGUUUUU